GGCGCGAACGGAAGUGCGCUCGACGCAGAGAGGUGAAAGGUGAGAGUUGUCGGGGAGGUGAAGUGGCGUCGGUGACUGCUGGUUCUGCGGAGAAAGGAGCCCUCGGGCCGGGCCUGACAGGCCUCCGUUCCUGUCUUUACCCCCACUCCCCAACAUGGGGGAAAGAACAGAAGAUUCUAAGCCUCCAGAGGACUUGUUCAAUGGCUUAAAGGUUACUGAUCCCCAAGAAUCAGAGUGUGCUAGCUCCUUGGUGUCUAGUUUAAAAGAUGAGUAUAUUCCCAACAAACUAAAGGAUGUCCAGGACCAGGGAGAAGAUGAGUGCUUUCAUGACUGUAAUGACUCCUUUGAAGACAAGGAGGAUCCAAGAGUGGAAGAGUCAAAAGAUGAAAUGAAUCCCUCAGAACUAGAGGAAGAAUAUCUACUGAGACUGGAAAAAGAUAUGCCAGAUGAUGAGAAACAGAAAAGAAGAGAGGAGAGCACCAAAUUAAAGGAAGAAGGGAAUGAACAGUUUAAAAAAGGAGAAUAUGUGGAAGCAGAAAGUUCUUAUAGCCGAGCUCUUCAGACUUGCCCUGCCUGCUAUCAAAAAGACAGAUCAGUUCUGUUUUCAAACCGAGCUGCUGCAAGGAUGAAACAGGAUAAAAAAGAUGCUGCUAUUAAUGACUGUAGCAAAGCAAUUGAAUUAAAUCCCAGUUAUAUCAGAGCACUAUUGAGGAGAGCAGAAUUAUAUGAGAAAACGGACAAGCUAGAUGAAGCCCUAGAAGAUUACAAAUCUGUUCUAGAAAAAGAUCCAUCAAUAUACCAAGCAGGAGAAGCUUGCAUGAGAUUACCUAAACAAAUUGAAGAACGGAAUGAAAAACUAAAAGCAGAGAUGUUAGGUAAAUUAAAAGAUCUUGGAAACUUAGUUCUCCGGCCUUUUGGAUUAUCCACAGAAAACUUCCAGAUCAAGCAAGAUUCCUCAACUGGUUCUUACUCUAUUAAUUUUGUUCAAAAUCCAAAUAAUAACAACAGAUAACAUAAGAUAACCAUAGUAACUACCUUAAAAGUUGGCUUGGAAAUUGUGUGCAGCUUGUAAUUAGGAAGGGAAAAAGCACUGUCAAUGUUUUAAGUUAUAAAAGCUACUUAAAGGAAAAGCUAUUCAACAGAGCACAGUACUUCUUUUUCCCUCUUGUUUUACAGUCAGAGUGAAAUACAUUUACUGCUGCAAUGGGCCUAAUUUUAUCUCCAUUUUAUGAUGUCCAACUACUACCCUUGGUGCCCUCUGCACAUCAUUUGUCCUCUUUCCUGAGGAGACCUGCAAAGUAAGGCUGAUCCCUUAGCAGCACAAAGCUAUUUGUUCUUGUUUGAUCCUAGGAAACAGCUCCUUGAACUAAGCAGGCCUGUCUAAAGAAAAGAAGUUAUUGGUUUCCCAACCUACAUCCCUUACUCCCCUCCAUCAUUUCUCUCCAAAUACACUGCCAAAGCUCUUGUGAUCUCCAAUAUUUUAUUAUUUCCCCUUGUGGUAAUAAAGGCUUUCUGUGACUUACCUGGA